AUGCUAAGCUGUGAAAUUUUGCAGUCUUAUCAGCAUAAAAGCUUUUGGAUGCCACGGGAUGCUGGCUGCAUGGCUGAAGAAAAUGUGGGAUAUGACAAUUCUUCCAGAAUUGAACCCAAGCGUAGUCAUCAGUGGUUUAUGGAUACAGGUGAACCUGAAAUAUUCAGCAACAAGAAACAAGCAGUUGAAGAUGUUAGUGGUAGGCCAAUUUCAGGAGUUUCACAUGUGAAUGUUUCCCAAUGGGACACCAAUUCAGGAUUUCACUCUGUCACGGGUCAAUUUUCUGACCGUCUUUUUGGAUCUGAUCUUGCUAGAACUGUGAAUUUGGUUGAUAAGAACGUGCCAUCUAUUGUGAGUGGAAAUAUGAACAUGGGAAGGAAGGAUUUUGAGCAUCAAUAUGGUAAUGAUCCUUCUGUGGGAUUGUCAAUAUCUCAUUCCAUUGCAGACCCUUCAUCAUGUCUCAAUUUUGGUGGCAUCAGAAAAGUUAAAGUUAAUCAAGUCAGAGAUUCUGACAAUUGCAUGCCUGCUUCAUCCAUGGGCCACUCCUAUAGCAGGGAAGAUAAUAGUACAAUUUCAGUAGGUGAUGGCUACAAUAAGAAUGAUGGCAAUAUUUCGUUGGGUCCUACUUAUGACAAUAGAAAUGACAACACCAUUGGCAUGGGGACCAGAAUAAGUAGUAAGACUGAUGACAAUCUUCUUUCAGUGGCUCAUACCUUCAAUAAAGGGGAUGGGGGUUUUAUGCUGAUGGGCCACAAUUAUGGCAAGGGAGAUGAAAGUAUCUUAUCAAUGGGUCAGCCCUUUGACAAGGGAGAUGCAAGUUUCAUAUCAAUGGGUCAAUCAUAUGAGAAAGAUGAUGGCAAUUUAAUAUCUCUGGGCACCUCAUAUUCCAAGGGGCAUGAGAGCUUUAUAUCAAUUGGUCCAACAUAUGGUAAAUCUGGAGAAAAUUUCAUUACCGUCGCUCCUUAUGACAAGGGUACUGAUCAUCUAAUAUCAAUGGGUCCAACAUAUGAUAAGGUGGAUUCAAAUAUUGCAUCAACAGUUUCAUCAUAUGACAGAGGAGAUUCUAGCUCUUUACCUGUGGGCCAAAAUCACCAUAAGGGUCAGAGCAGUACCAUAUCUUUUGGAGGUUUUCAUGACGACCCUGAAGCAAAUCCCUCUGGUGGAAUCAUCAGUGGCUAUGAUCUGUUGAUAGGAAGCCAGAACUCAGCUCAAGGUUUGGAUAGUCAGAACGAUCUGACUGAAUCAAACACUGAAUCACUUAUAAAUAGCAUUCCAAAACCCAAUACUAAAAAUGAUAUUGUCGUUAAGAACAAAGAGCCUAAGACAACAACCAAGAAGGCUCCAACUAACAACUUCCCUUCAAAUGUCAAAAGUUUACUGUCAACUGGUAUUUUUGAUGGUGUUCAGGUGAAAUAUGUUUCAUGGUCUCGGGAGAAAAGUCUUAAAGGAAUCAUCAAAGGAACUGGGUAUUUGUGUUCAUGUGAUGACUGCAAGCAGUCAAAGGCUCUUAAUGCAUAUGAGUUUGAGCGUCAUGCUGGUGCCAAGACAAAACACCCUAAUAAUCACAUAUACUUUGAGAAUGGAAAAACCAUCUAUGCGGUUGUUCAAGAGCUGAAAAACACUCCUCAGGAGAUGCUUUUUGAUGCAAUUCAAAAUGUGACUGGCUCUACCAUCAACCAAAAGAACUUUCGAAUAUGGAAAGCAUCAUACCAAGCUGCUACUAGGGAGCUUCAACGUAUCUAUGGAAAGGAUGAAGUGAUAAUUCCGUCUUGA